AUGUACCCCGCGGGUCCCCCGGCCGGUCCCGCUCCGCGCCGCGGCCGCCAUGCCCCGCCCGGGCGCCCCGCGCAGCCGCCGCGGCUCCCCGCGCCCACCCCGGCCCCCGCCGCGCGGCCGCCGCCCCCAGCGCCCGGGCCGCGGCCCCGCGUGGCCGUGAAGAUGGCCUUCCGCAAGGCCUACUCCAUCAAGGACAAGCUGCAGGCCAUCGAGCGCGUCAAGGGCGGCGAGCGGCAGGCCAGCGUGUGCCGGGACUUCGGGGUGCCGGGCGGCACGCUGCGCGGCUGGCUCAAGGACGAGCCCAAGCUGCGCUGGUUCCUGGAGCAGCUGGGCGGCGAGGUGGGCACGCAGCGCAAGAAGAUGCGGCUCGCCAACGAGGAGGAGAUCGACCGCGCCGUCUACUCGUGGUUCGUGGCGCUGCGCCAGCACGGCGUGCCGCUGUCUGGGCCGCUCAUCCAGGCGCAGGCCGAGGCCUUCGCGCGCCAGAUCUACGGGCCCGAGUGCACCUUCAAGGCCAGCCACGGCUGGUUCUGGCGCUGGCAGAAGCGCCACGGCAUCUCCAGCCAGCGCAUCUACGGCGAGGCCGAGCCCCUGGCCGCCGGCCCCGCGCCGGGCCCGCCCGUCAAGCAGGAGCCCGCGCCGCCCCCAGGCCCCGGCCCCGGCUCCCCGGCCGCCCGGGCCCCCGCCCCGCCGCCCCCCGCCGAGGGCGGCUACGGCGACGAGCAGAUCUACAACGCCAACGUCACCGGCCUCUACUGGAAGCUGCUUCCGGAGCAGGCGGCGCCCCUGGGCGCAGGGGACCCCGGCGCGGGCGGCUGCGGGCGGCGCGGGCGCGGCGACCGGGUGACCGUGCUGCUGGCCGCCAACCUGACGGGCAGCCACAAGCUGAAGCCGCUGGUCAUCGGGCAGCUGCCAGACCCGCCGAGCCUGCGCCACCACAACCAGGACAAGUUCCCGGCCUCCUACCGCUACAGCCCGGACGCCUGGCUCAGCCGCCCGCUGCUGCGGGGCUGGUUCUUCGAGGAGUUCGUCCCUGGGGUCCGGCGCUAUCUGCGCCGCAGCUGCCUGCAGCAGAAGGCCGUCCUGCUGGUCGCCCACCCGCCCUGCCCGAGCCCAGCGGCCAGGAUGCCCGCCCUGGAGGAGAGCGAGGACGCCCUCUGGCGCUGUCGGCCUGAGCCCCUCAGCCCCCCGGAGGAGCUGCAGACCCCGGAUGGCGCAGUCCGGGUGCUAUUCCUGUCCAAGGGCAGCAGCCGGGCUCACAUCCCUGCCCCGCUGGAGCAGGGCGUCGUGGCUGCCUUCAAGCAGCUGUACAAACGGGAGCUGCUGCGGCUAGCCGUGUCCUGCGCCGGGGGCUCCCCGUUGGACUUCAUGCGCAGCUUCAUGCUCAAGGACAUGCUCUACCUGGCCGGCCUCUCCUGGGACCUGGUGCAGGCAGGCAGCAUUGAGCGGUGCUGGCUGCUGGGCCUGCGGGCGGCCUUCGAGCCCCGGCCGGCCGGGGAGUGUGUUGGGGGGCAGCCGGCCAGCCAGGCCGAGGAGGCUGCAGAGCACAGCCGGGUGCUCAGCGACCUCACGCACCUGGCGGCCCUGGCCUACAAGCGCCUGGCGCCCGAGGAGGUGGCCAAGUGGCUGCAUCUGGACGAUGACGGGGGGCUGCCCGACAGCUGCAGAGAGGAGGCAGGCCCUGGCCGGCCCCCUGUACUGGCCCCUGCUGCUCCUCCACCCCCGGCCAGCCUACCCUCUGUCAUGGGGGGUGCAGAGGAGGAGGAGGAGGCUGCCGUGCCCACUGCCGGGGAGGCUGUCCGGGGUCUGGAGACAGCUCUUCGGUGGCUGGAGAAUCAGGACCCUCGGGAGGUGGGGCCGCCGAAGCUGGUGCAGCUGCGUUCACUGAUCAGCAUGGCUCGGAGGCUGGGGGGCAUCAGUCCCUCUCCUGCAGUCCCUGAAGAUGGGGUGUGACCAGGCCCACCUGAGUGGCCCCCCGGUGGCUGUUCUCCUGCUGCACUUGGAGGGAGGGGAUACGCACAGUCUUCCAUUUCCUCUCUUUCCUACCCUGAGAUGGCCUACCCCGUGGCUCGGGGCUACAGGGAUCCCAGUCCCCAGGCUGGCUUGUAGGGGCUCCGUUGGUGAAAGGUCAUCCCGCUCCACUCGUCCCCGUUCUCUGGAGGGGGACGUAGCAGAGGGGUCCCGGGCUCACACACGUCCUCCAUCCUCUCUGGGCAAGCACACUCGUAGGGUCUGUGGUUUCAGCCAGGGUCCCUUGCCACACCCACGCACUUACCGGAGCAGUUUCCCGUGUUCCCGCCCUGGCCCUUGUGCGCCUUUCUGUACCUCCUGCCUUCCUCCCGGGUGGCCCAUCCUGUGCACUGGACAAGGGCCCAGCACUCCUGUAAGUCGAGCCCUGCUAUCUCACGGUCCAUGUGCUACAGCCCUGCAGCCCUCUCCAUGCGGAAGCACGUGUCUCCAGUUGGGUUUUUAACACAUUACCUGUUUUUACAGAUCUCCUUCCUGGGGGCCACGGUGGUAUCUCUCCACAGCCUGCAGCUGGCCUUGGAGGUUGGCUCUGUAGGGACUGGGGACGAUGGCGGCCAGCAAGUGGGGAGUGGGAGGUUCUGGAUGCAGCUUGGAGCAUAGAUUUCUGUUCCACUGGGAUUGUUAGUUUUCCUUAAGAAAAUUGCAUUCCAAACCUCUUAUUCAAUGGGGUUAGCAACCUUGUACCCUUGGGCCCUGGUGACUUGACCAAUGAAGGAGUGAGCUCCCUGGGCCGGCCACAGCGCACUUGGUGCAGCCCAGGGCCCAGAGCCGUGCCGUCUCCCCGGAGCGGGCCUGGGGUCCUGCCAGCCACACCGGGACGACCUCCAGUGCCUUAGUUCCCCUCCACCGCUGCCCCACCUCUGCUGGCACUGCCGAGCGUGUGGCUCAGGAGCUGUUCCCAGAGCCUCCGGCAGUUGGGCUUUGGGUGGCUCAGGUUGAGAGGAGGAGGGAGGUGUCCAUGUGUUGCUGCCCAGCGGGGGUUUCAGAGUCCUGCUGCUGCUCUGCGACCCAGGGGCACCUGUGGAGAGCCGUGGCCUCUGGAGAGGUGCUGCCCGGAGCCCUUGUGAAAGGCAGGGGCCCUGCCUGCUCUCCACCCCUCCUGCCCCGCACCCCCCAGCCAGCCCGAGACUGCAGAGGCGUAGCCGGCCACGCACCGGCGAGGCAGCUGGAGGGAGCCCCCAGAGCAACUUCCCCACUAGUCUGAGAGCAAACUGUUCUGGGAACCGUCCCUAGGCAAAAAGUGAGAGAGUGUGUGUGUGUGUGUGUGCGCGCGCGCGCGCGCACACCAUACAUAUGGCUCAAAUCAAAGCUGAGGGAGGGUGUGAAGAAUUUGGGAGCGGGGGAAGCAAGGCUUGGGUAGCCAGGCCAGGGCAGCAGCCCCCAGCCGGAGCCCGUCCACUCAACAGCUGUGUGGAGCCUGCACCCCUAGAGGAGCUCCAGGCGUCUGUGGCUGGCUCAGGGCUUCAGGCAGUCUCACAUCUCCUACUACCUGAUGGCAGCUCAGGGCCCUAGGGCUGGGGUGCCUGGCCUCCGCCCCGCCGGGCCUGCCCACUGGAGAGCAGCUCCCAGGCCCCCAAGGGCGCUAGGCAGGGGCAUCUGGGGCCCCCGAGUGUAUCUCCAUGGAAUGGCUGAAUAUUCAAAGCAGCAAAGAUCUGCUCUUGGUCAGGGUCGUGGUUAGGGCCUCCAGUGGGCUUGGCAGGGGCCUGGGAAUGGAGGCCUGGUGGGCGUCCAGGCUUCUGCUAAACCCCUCUUGACCUGCAUGUUUCAGGGGGAUGAGACCACGCUGCAACCAGGAGGGAGCCAGUCUGAGACGCAUGGCCUUGCCCAGGGGGGCUGCAUGCCUGGGAAGCGACCCAGACGUCCCUUGGGCGGCAGGUGCAAUGUCCGCACGAGCUGAGGGGAAGAGCACACCCUGCGGGGUCCCCCAGCCCACACGCCAGGAUUGCUGCGGGGAGCCCAGGGCCGGGGUCGGGCACUCUUGGUCCCCAGAUAAGGGUGCCCACAGGUGAGGCUGAUCCAGGGGCGUGUCCUUGAGAGGACCAUGGGCUUUGAGGGUGCAUGCUUGGCUCAGGGCCUUUUCACACCCACCCUUGCUGGUAGGGGGGUGGCCCAAUCAGGUGGGCCCCACGUGCUUUAUAAUAAAGGUUCGUGUCAACGUCACAUGCA